AUGUCAAACCUCAACUGGGAUGACAAAGGAUACUUGAUUGACGGGAAAAGGAUAAGCAACCUCCGUUUUGCAGAUGAUAUCGUUCUGAUAUCCGAUAACACAGUCGAAAUGGAAGAGAUGGUAAACGAGCUCGACAUGAUUGGUCAGAAGAUUGGCUUGGAAAUGAAUAUGUCCAAAACGAAAAUGAUGGUGAACCACUGUGUGAUGCGGGAACCGUGA